GACAGACCAUUGAGGACUUUGUCCGUGGUAAUGAACUCCUGAGUGAUCUGGUGAAGAAGUGCGGAGGCCGCUGCCAUGUCGUUGAUAAUAAACACUGUAAGAACAACCAGCAGGAUGAAUACAGGAACAACCAGUUCCAAGUGAAGGAGCUACUCAAAACAAUAGAUAAGAUAUCUGAGGCAAACAAAGGAAGCUGCUACACCAAUGAGAUGCUACAAGCGGAGGCAGAAGGGGCGGUAGAGGCAGAGGCAGGGGCAGAGACUUUGGCGAAAACACCCAACCCGAAGUCUUCGUGUGCCAUCAGCGUGGCCGACCUGGACAUGGGUGAAGAGACUAGUUCAAACUUCGCCCCUCCUCUCCGGUCCGGCGCUCCUGGGCCUCAUGCUUUUCUCAUUGUGCUUAAAGUGGAGAGAUUCACAGAGCAUGAGCAGGCUGUCAUCACUAAAAUAAACCAAUACUUUUCUGAAGAAGUUCUCAAGUAUGCAACAGUUCUCUUUACUCAUGGUGACCAGCUCGAGGAAGGACAGACCAUUGAGGACUUUGUCCGUGGUAAUGAGCUUCUGAGUGAUCUGGUGAAGAAGUGCGGAGGCCGCUGCCAUGUCGUUGAUAAUAAAUACUGGAAGAACAACCAGCAGGAUGAAUACAGGAACAACCAGUUCCAAGUGAAGGAGCUACUCAAAACAAUGGAUAAGAUAACUGAGGCAAACGGAGGAAGCUACUACACCCAUGAGAUGCUACAAGCAGUGGAGGAAAAAAUAAAACAGGAGGUGGAGCUCAUUAGAAAGUCACCAGGAAACAUGUCAGAGAUAGACAUCAGAGAGAAGGCUAAAGACAGAGCAAAUGAGAGGCUUUUGAUCAAACUGGCAGGUAUCACAACAGGUGCAUUGUUAGGGGCUGUUUUUGGUGCGGAGGCAGAAGGGGCGGUAGAGGCAGAGGCAGGGGCAGAGACUUUGGCGAAAACACCCAACCCGAAGUCUUCGUGUGCCAUCAGCGUGGCCGACCUGGACAUGGGUGAAGAGACUGCCCACAAUCCACAUGGAACAACUGCUUCUUCAACCAAAACCUCAACAAUUAUAAUAAUGUGA